AUACGCAACAAAAAGUCAUCUUUAACUUCGUAACUCAUCUUCUUCCUUGUUAUCUUCAAACCUCUUCUCUUCUUCCUUCUUCGUCGUCCUUUUGGUUGGUUUGAUUGGUGAUUGAAUGCCCUAACAACUUCAAAUUCUCCAGAUGAAAUAAAAGUUAUACAUCUUGUUGGUUUUGGCCGUUAUAGCGCAUGGCAAACUUUGACGCAAGAGUUUCGUAUUCUUCACUCUCUAAUAUAGAAAAAGACAAUUCCAGAUUCCACUAUGAAGAUGACUACAGUGAUUCUCCAUGGUCUGUGCCACAAGCCCCAUCAGGCUCAAAAUCCUCUAAACAAGAAUACUCAUACCAUUUCCCAAUUGAAUCCGAUGAAUUUCUUGAUGGAGGAUAUGAUUCAAGUGAUGAUACUCGAAAUUCUAUGCCAACUAACUUUCCGCCUGAGGUGAACUUAAAGAAUGUGCUCAGUGGCAUGUUUGCCAUUUUAACUGGCCAGAACAAAUCGGUUCCAAGACUCACCUCAAAUCAGCAACUUCCCAGUUCGGAUGUUUCGUUUCUUGAGUCUGGAAAGAAUGGAAAUACCUUCCUUCAUUCCUCUGUUUACAUACCCAGUGCCCCACCACUCCUCGAGCCUAGUGGAGUUAAUUAUAGCGCGUACAAAGAGGUCUUGGAGGCCGAGCCCCCCGAGUGGUUGCCAGAUAGUUCUAGUACAGUUUGUAUGCAGUGCACUGCUCCUUUCACGGCACUGACUCGUGGAAGACAUCAUUGUCGGUUUUGUGGAGGGGUUUUCUGCAGAGCUUGUACUAAGGGGAGGUGCUUGUUACCUGUUAGAUUCAGGGAGAGAAAUCCGCAGAGGGUCUGUGAUGCCUGCUAUGAUAGGCUCGAUCCUUUGCAGGGUAUUUUUGUGAACUCUAUAAGCAAUGCUGUGCAAGUAGCAAAGCAUGAUGUCAUCGAUUGGACAUGCACAAGAGGAUGGUUGAAUCUUCCUCUUGGUUGGUCCAUGGAACAUGAGAUAUACAAAGCCUCCAAUACAUUAAGAAGCUACUGCCAGGUUGCUAGGUUGAAUCCUGAUAGGUCCAUACCCUUAGCAGUUUUGAAAGGAGCAAAAGGCCUGGCAAUUUUAACUGUUGCUAAAGCUGGUGUUCUAGUUACUUACAAACUUGGCACAGGUUUGGUCAUUUCUCGAAGGUCAGAUGGAUCAUGGUCUGCACCGUCAGCCAUAUUCUCCAUGGGCUUAGGAUGGGGUGCUCAGAUUGGGGGUGAGCUCAUGGACUUCUUAAUAGUGCUUCACGAUUUGAAAGCUGUGAAGACCUUUUGUAGUCGGAUGCAUUUCUCUCUUGGUGCCGGUUGUAGUGCUGCAGCAGGACCUGUUGGGAGAGUGCUGGAAGCAGAUCUUCGUGCUGGAGAUAGGGGUUCUGGCAUGUGCUACACUUACAGUUGUAGCAAAGGCGCAUUUGUGGGAGUGUCCUUGGAAGGGAAUAUUGUUGCAACAAGGAUGGACACCAACUUGCGCUUCUAUGGCGAUCCUUAUCUCAGCACGUCUGAUAUUCUACUUGGAACGGUGGACAGACCAAAGGCUGCUGAGCCCUUGUAUGCCUCCCUUGAAGACCUCUUUUCCUGUGUACGGUGAAGGUUCAAUUAAUUGUCUUUGCAAUAUGGUGUCUUUCUGGUGCACGUGAAGAAAACCUUCACUUUUCAGACACAUGGUCAGAUUCUGUUGCAUAUUCCUCAUCUUAAAUCUGUUACUGUAAAUAAGUCAUUAUUUCAUGUACUCUGUAUAAAGGUAUUUACUUAUCUCGUGCGUGCAUCUGUAAUUGCCAAACCAAUCAGUUUAUUAUGACGUGAUACACUUAGUAGAACCAUUUGUUUACCUGUAUAAGUGCAAUAAAAUGAUAUAAUUUCUCUC